CCUUCUCCUCAUCCAUGAGCUGCUGGAGUCAGGACCCGUUACACUCGGACCGAGGAGCUCGCAUCAGCUUAUCUGAGUUUAAUUAUAGCCUGCGACCUGAUUUCAGCACUGCAGCGAUUUAACAGCACCCGCACAUCUAAAGCGCUAUAGACCGCGAGGCGCUGAAGCGCGCACGCCACUGCGCCAGGAUCACUGCGCACGACUCCGUCCAGACAGACCCGAACCGGGAGCCCAUCUCCUGGAUAACUCGAGCAAUACAGUAUCAGCAGAACGAUGGCGUCAAAACGCAUAGGGCUGAUGGUCGUGAUUCAGCUUCUGGCUGUAAUAAUAGCGCACAUCUCCGCUUUUCCCAGACCUGCCGGACUCGACGAUAAGAGUGUGUACAACCGAGAGCUGACAGAAGAGAAACCAUUAGAACAGCAGAUUGCAGAAGCUGACAGCAUCAGGAAGACAGACCCCAAGCCAACGCCACCAGCAGAGGCGGAGUCAAAGUCAGAGAACGAUGACAUCACGUUCCUAAAGUCUCUGGCUGAGAAGUCCAAAGAGUCAAACAACGAGACUCCUGUGUCCGAUUCUGUGCAUGAUGAGUCUGACUCCACUAAAAACAGAAGACUGGCGGAUGACUAUGACUCUACCAAGAAUGGAAUGGACUACAAAUACCAAGAUGAUCCUGAGAGCUUUCGGCAGCUGGAUGGGACGCCCCUGACAGCUCAGGACAUCGUCCAGAAAAUCGCUAACAAAAUCUAUGAAGAGGAUGAUAGAGGAGUGUUUGACAGGAUUGUGUCAAAACUCCUCAAGCUGGGCCUGAUCACAGAUGGUCAGGCAGAGACGCUGGAGUAUGAGGUUGCUGAAGCCCUGCAAGAUCUGAUUACCAAAAACGCCAAAGAAAACAUGAUUGGAGAGCUGAGUAUGGACUACCCCGUUAACACGCCAGCUGAAGACACAAACAACAACAUGGAUGAGGAAGACAGACCCAGCCGGCGGUAUGAUGAAGAGGAUGAGGGUGGUGAUGAUGACGACGAAGAGCCGGAGCAGGAGAGCAAAGAUGACACAGUAAGAGCUGAUGAGUCAUGGGACACUGUGAGUGACGGAAAUGACAGGAAUGAACUCAACCCUGAGGAUGGACUGCAGGACCUUCAGUACUUCCCCAACUUCUACAGACUGCUCAAGAGCCUUGACACAGAUCAGGAUCGAGAGGAGAGAGAGACCCUCAUCACCAUCAUGAAGACUUUGAUUGACUUUGUGAAGAUGAUGGUGAAAUAUGGCACCAUCACACCUGAAGAAGGAGUUUCUUAUCUUGAAAACCUGGACGCUAUGAUCGCCCUGCAGACCAAGAACAAGUUGGGCAAAUCUCUGGUUCCGCUCAGCGUUACGCCCCCUACAGACAAAGCAGCGGAUGAUGAUGACAACACCAAAACUGAGGCUGCCAAAAUGCAGAAAGAGUAUGAGUCCCUGAAAGACUCAACCAAAGAUGUGCAGCAGACUGCAGCAGAGAUCAGUCAUCCUGGUAGGUCUGAGAGCUAUCUGGAGGCAAUCCGCAAGAACAUUGAAUGGCUGAAAAAACACAACAAGGACAGCAACAAAGACGAUUACGACCUGUCCAAGCUGAGGGACUUCAUGGACCAGCAGGUGGACGCUUACAUCGAUAAAGGCAUCCUGGAGAAGGAUGAAGGUGACAUCAUCAAGAGAAUCUACGGAAGCCUGUAGGAACUGCAAACCAAGCUUCCCCUGUAAUCCAGUAACUGUUAGACCGCCUACUAAAUCAAUUUCCACUGGCCAUCCUAACACAGAUCCUAAUGCUAUAACUCCUGAUAAGACAUACUUUUUAGUGGGCGACUCAGGCAGUAUUUCUGCAAAAGUAUAUUCUCCUCAAGGCAAUAUCUUCUCUCAGUCUCACAAUCUACUGCUGGACAAACGACCCAACAUCACAUUUGAGUUGGAAGUGUGUUCUUACUCAUUUGGACAGAAAAACAGCAUUUGAUACCUAGAACUCUAAAACUCGGUCAAUUUGGUGGUAAGACCUACAGAUGAGUCUAAACUAGCAGCUUUUGCACCUGUUUCUCUUUCGCAAUAGUCUUUUACAUCAUCUUCUGCAUAUAUGUCUUUAACAUUCAUUCAUUCAUGUAUGGUCAAGAGCAUCUUUUCCUAAUUUAAUCUUUCUUAGAAGGAAAUUCAUUGUGGUUGUUUCGAAAUCAUCCACAAAAAAUCAGUGUAUACUCGCAGUGAAUCUCUGUGGUUUUCUGCCCCCUGAUCUGAUUCUGUAGGGGGCAGUCUCCUUGGUUUUCUGGGUUGUUUCUUCACCAUAGGUCUCUGUAUAUUCCACAGCCUAUAGAUUCACACAAAUCAAGUAUUUUUAAAUGUAAAUAUUGUGAUUUUCCAAAUAUCAAAUAAACAUUGCCUUUCUUUAAA